AUGAACUUCCUCGUUUGUUUUUUCCUAUUGUUUAAAUUUAGUCUAUCGGAAUUAUCAAUCGAUAAUUCUGUGACUGUCAGUCCAGAGCCAGAAAUAGUUGCAAAUUGUUCUGAUGAGUCGAAAAAAGAAAUUGAAACGGUUGGUUUUUAAGAUAGAGUUUCUCUCAAGAAUUAUAAUUUUGAUUUUCAGGGGAUGACUGCAGUUCAAUUAUCAAUUUUUUCAACAAUGUUUGGCGCUUUUAAAGUGGAACCUUGCAAAAUGUUUGAAGUUAGUUUCCUCUAUAACACAGAAAAAACCAUUAUAAAUUUUCCCAGGACAUUGUUAAUAAUACAAAUUGCACAACAGUUGGUCCCCGAAUUCCAAAUGUUAUCAAAAUGUGUCGCCACGCAGUGUUUACCCAUGGAGAAUUCGAAGAAUGUGCAGAUAAGUUGAGCGAAUCGGAAAAUGAAUGCUAUUCAAGCUAUCUGAAUGAUAAAAUUGAAUCGGUGAGAUUUUGAGAAUUGUUUUUUUUUUUUGAAAAAUUUUUGGAUUGAUUGUAGGGCAAAGAUUAUUGCAAGAAUUAUUUUGGAAAAGAAAAUUGUGUGCGACAAACAAUUAUUGAUCUUUGUAGUGAAGAUGAUUGGAAAUUGUUCAAGGAAGAAAAACUGCGUGAUGUAACUGGAACUGAUUGUGAUUUUAGUGAUUUAUGA